CCGCUCGCGCCGCCCCAGCCAAUGGGAGCGGCGGAUGUUAGCGGGCCGGGCGGUGACGGCGUUGCCACAGCAGCGGCGGGGCCGGAGCGGUGGCGGCGGUCGGGGAGCGUCAUGGAGGGGCUGGAAGGUGAGCGGCAGGGGGGAGGGGCGGCCCGGGCGCCGCCGGCCCUUCCCCGCCGGCGGCGCCGCUUCGCUGCGGGGUGAAGUUACAGUGCAAACUGGAGAUCUGUUGCCAUGCAGGAUCUGUGGAAGGACUUUUUUUCCAGCAGCACUGAAAAAGCAUGGACCCAUUUGCCAAAAAACUUCUGCCAAGAAAAGGAAGACGUUUGAUUCCAGCCGACAGAGAGCAGAAGGAACUGACAUUCCCACAGUAAAACCUCUUAAGCCACGGCCAGAGCCCCCCAAAAAACCAUCCAAUUGGAGACGAAAGCACGAGGAAUUUAUAGCAACUAUACGAGCAGCCAAAGGACUUAAUCUUAAAGAUGGUGGAAAGCUCCCUCCACCACCUCCACCAUCAUAUGAUCCUGAUUACAUUCAGUGCCCAUAUUGCCAGAGGAGGUUUAAUGAAAAUGCAGCUGACAGACACAUCAAUUUCUGUAAGGAACAAGCAGCACGUAUUACUAAUAAGGGGAAACUGGCCGCUGAUACCAAAGGGAAGCUUCCUACUCGAACACAGUACAAACCUGCUGCUGUUAAGAAGAUGCCUUCUGCAGGAUCAGCACCAUCAUCAUCGUCAUCACGCUUGCCACAGCCAAGUGGUGUUAGCAAAACUGUUGUAGGUGCCUCUUCAAGUAAAGCACUAUCUUCAUCUGGGUCCAGUGGGAGCAAAAUUCAGACAUUAUCACCAGCUCAUAAAAACUCAUUGGGAAUGGUGAACCCACAAGCAGGUAAGAUGGACAAGUUAGGCCCACCACUGCGAACUGGAAGAGAUGUGCAAAGGUUGUAUGACAGUGAUACAAAAACAGACAGUACCGUCAAAAGACCAAAUGAGUUGUUGCCUAUUAAGAAAGGCACAACGAAAACACGAACAUCAACCCCUCCUAGUGUGGCAAGAGCCAUGAGCACUGGUGCUUUAACAAGCAAAAGAAAAACUAGUAAUUCAGAAAGUUACUCAAGGUCUGAUGGUAAAAUUAGGUAUGAUAGUGGAGACUACCCAUCCUCAGUCAAUGGAGGAAGUUCAAAGAGCAGCGAAGGAAAUUCACCUGUACACUUAUCAAAAUUCUGUCAUGAAUGUGGAACAAGGUAUCCGGUGGAAUGGGCAAAGUUUUGCUGUGAGUGUGGAAUUCGAAGAAUGGUUAUGUGAACACAUACUGAAAAGCAAAAGGAAAAUAAGAACCCGAGAGCGUCUACUACAUACCGCUGCAUGGAAAACUAGAGUACUCCUUCCAGUUAGAGUUCAUGCUGCAAACAUGUUGAAACAUCAUAUUGUAAUUUUCUCAGUGCAAUCUUCUGGUUACAUAAUAAUUUAUAUAUAAAUAUACUGUAUAUAAAAAUAAUAGGUACCUAAGACUGUGCCAUUCAAGGAAAUACUCUUUAAUCUCUGUUGGAAAUAUUUUAAAUUAAGGUAGAAAUAUACUAAGUAACUUAGGUAGCAGAAAUGGUUCAAUUUUUUUUCUUAUGUAAUCCUUCUAGAUAAAACGUUAUUUAAAUCAUCUGUGUGGUGCCUCACCCAUCGGAAACUGGCCAUGAAGAACUUGGGCUUUGGAAGUGUCUCUGAGAAGGAAUUUCCUUCUUAUGUUACAGUAGCUUGUGAAGUGACUGGCUAAGCCCUAGCUGAAAACAACAUGAGCAACACAUUAUAAAUUCCUAAUUAAAAGUACCAAAAAGAUUGGAUCUAUCUAAUCUCUUUAACAGUAGUAUCCUAAUUGGACUUUCUGAUUUUUCUCUGGGUUUUCUUGAUGAAUCAAAUAAAGAGAAAAGCUGUCUGAAAAGUCUAUUCAAAUAUAAGAAAAAAAACUCAGUAUUUUUUAACGUAGCUUUCCACAUUCUGUUUUUGAAUAGGAACCAAUUAAUAUUUUUAUGUAUUUAUAAGGACAAAUAUGGUAUCCUCAUUUUAAUAAGCUUCUUUUGUUCAGAAACACUUGUCUUUCUCCUCCUAUGCUCCACCAUGACUGGUAUAUCCAAAAUCUCCUUGCUUUGUGUCUUGAAAGGUUUCCAAAGGUCCUGCUCUUUUUCUCUUCCCUAAUUUCCUGAAGGAAAGACAAAAUCUAUACUUAUCCUAUCUAUUAUAUUGAACUCUUGUUUUAAAAACAGCCUUCUUGAUUUCUCCAAUACAAAAAGAGUUCCAUAAAAAUAUUAUUAGUAAACUAGAAUUUGAUACAAGUAGUCACUGUUUUUUAUUCCUGUGCAAACAGCACAGCUUAUGUAUGAGUGCAUAGUAGAGUCACUGUGCUCUGCGUGUUUAUAUGUUAAUACCUAACAUGUUUUCUUACAAUCCUGUAUAUUCUUGGGCUCUGAAUAGCAGCCACUUGAAGUCAGUAACAAACCUAGCGUUAAUUCAUUGGGAAGAAGGCUCAGGCCCUGUAAAUUUUUGUUGUUGUUUUUAUAUAUUAUGUCACUUAUAAAACAUUCACAAGCUAAAUCACUUAACGUGUAUCUGAAUGUAGUAAUUUAUUUUUUGUGAAUUUUUAUUUUGAAGUAAUAACACCAUCUUAGUUAUGCGUGGAAGAACAAUCUGAAAGUAGUUAAUUGUGCCUUCCCCACAAUAAAUAUAGUUUCUUUGUCAGAAAUGGUUACUUUUAGCUCUCAAACACCAUUAGUAUCAAUUUACAUAUUUUUUAUGAAACUCAUAUUUUGUAGCUUUUGCAAUAUGUACUGCAGUAUUGUAUCCUAGUAAUGUGAUUGUAGAUAACAAUCACAGAUUUUGAAAAUACAGACAAUGGGGCCAAUUACAAAGAAAGGAUGAUUGAAGAAAAGCAUCUCCAAAGCAGAUAUCAGUCUUGGAGAAUAUGCUUUAAGAGUCUCGAUGCUGUCACAUGAUGGGCCAUAAAUUAUUGAUGUUUUAAAAUUAGUUCAAUGAUUUGGUAUUGUCUUACACUUUUUAUUGGAAGUUAUUUCUAGAAAUUAUCCCUCCAUUCAGUGUAGUCUUGUUUUAUCAUAAUUGCAUAAACUGGCUACUGAAUAUGAUAUGAUGGAUAACUUGAUGACAGAUAGACCUGACAAAUCUUAGCCAGUUAGGUUCUAGGGUCCAUAUUUUGGCAUAUUCAUAUCUAUACUUGAAAAAUUGAAUUUUUACAUCCUUUGCAUAGAUAAACCUGCUCUAGAAAAUUUGCUUGGUACUUGGGUCAUGGAGGUCUGCAGACUGAAAAUCACUGGACGUUAUGGGUGCCCAUCACAAAAGGUGCAAGUCCAGAACAGGUUUGAUCAACCAGUGCAUCUAUCAAGGAAUCAGUUCCUUUAGCUGACCUACUGACCUUCCAGUUCUUGUUUUUGCUGGAUUUUUUUUUUUUUUUUUUUUUUUUUUUUACCAUUUUUAAAGAAUGUAUUCUUUAAAGAGAGAGCUUAAUAAGGAAAUAUAUUCCAGGUCUACAAUGUGGGUUUUGUUUUGUUUUUGUUUUUUAUCAUCUGAAUGAUGUGAAUGGAUUUGUUUGGAAAAUAAAGGGAAAAAAUACUGAUAGUUUCUUCUUUGAAUUGCAAGUGGCAGGUUUCCCAGUUUUAUGGUUCCUGUAUGUGGAUUGAUUCAACUUCCGUUUUUUUGAAUCGUUUGUAUAACUCUGUGCUUCCAAGGCAGCAUUUAGUAAAUUACUCAAGUGACACAUCAUUUACUUUGUUUACACUUCUAUGAUUUGUAGCAAGAACUAAACAGUGGAUUAACCUGAAGUGAAAGAAGAGUUUUGAAAAGAUUUCUUGUACUUAUUAAUUCGGCUUUACAAGAAGAUCUAUUGCAACAAAAAUGACUGUUGAUAGAGUAAUGUUUAAUAAUGUGCAUGUGUUUGAAUCUACAAUAAAGAUAAGCAGACAAUGAAAUAUAAUUGACUAUGCAGUUUAUUACUGUAUAGUGAGACUAUCAGAGGCCUAGUAUAUUUCCACUUUAUCAACUGUUUUUUCACCGAAUGACAAGUUUCUAAAGUACUUGAUGUUAUCGACAGACCAAGCUAUACAAGUUACGAGUGCGUACUGCUGUAUUUCCAUAUAAAUGUUUAUUAGCAAACAGUAGGUUUGUUUUCAGAAUGCCCUUGCAGAACUGCAUAUGAAUAACAGAUGUUUUAAUGUUUAAGGAAAAAUAAACUGGUAAGGAGGAUGAGUAAGGAUUCUGAAUCAAAGUCUUUAGAUACACUACGCAUGUCAGAAAAUUCCUGAAUUUAAUUUAUUAACAAGACCUAGGUACAUAUAUGUCCUUUUGCCCUAGCCCUUCUUCCUGCCUUUAUGCCCUGCUUUUCAGGGGAGGGAAAAACCUGGAUAUGUGUUCUGAAAGUAUAGUUUUCCAAAACACCCCAAGAAUCCAAAUUUCGAUAAUUGUGAAGGUAAAACCCUUGGAUGAAUACUGGUGCAUGUGCACUAAGCUUAUACGUAACCAGUGUCAUUCUCUGGAUGUGCUGUUGACUUGAGAGAUGUUUAUGUUGAAAGCCUGAAUUCCCUAGAUUUAAUGUGUAAAGUUAGGAUGAUAUGACUACUCCAUUUAACAUUUGUCCUUCCAGUUGUGUGUGUAUAUAUAGUGCGUGUGUAUGCACGUUUAUUUUGUGAGAACUCUUAAGUUUUACAGGUUUUAAAAAAAAAAAAAUUUCACUAAAGCAGAAUUCAUACAAGCCAGGACCAAAUGCUACUGGAGGAUUAUGUAGCCCCAACAGCUGACUAAUAUAGUCAAUAGGUAUUUAAAGUGGAAUUUGUUGAUGUGAUUAUUCAAAUGUUACCUGUUUCAUUGUAUGACACUGACAGACUUUCUUUUACUGUCUGCCAUUAUAUUUUCCUAAUGUGCUUGCUAUGGCUCUUCCAUUCCGGAGUGGGGGGAAUGGUCAAUGGUGGAAUCCUGUAAGAACAAGAAAGAGAAGGCUGUUGCUGGGGUCCUACGUGGGGGUGUUUGCCUUCCUGGUCUGCUCUUGUGAAUAUCUUACAUAUAGAGGAUAUGUAUAUGUGCUAGAAAGGAGUGCAGCAGCAUUGGAACUGUACUGAUGAAGUGCAAUGUGGUAUCAAAAUAUACCAGCUUCAGUAUUGAAAGCAACAUAGCAAAAGCCCUAAUCUUUAUAUAGCUUUUCUCUUAUACAGAGAAUACUUAUGCAUGGUACUCAUUCCAGUUUCUGAAACUACCUGGGGUAUCUGUGCAACAUACAGCAAGUGUAGUUAUACCCUCAAUCUUACACACCACUCCAGGAAAGUGAGAAUGAGAGGUGCUUUACCACCAUAUCAGCUCAUACCUAUCACAUAAGCGUCUAGGCAGAACUUUUCAAAUUUGCCAAAGGGACAUGGAGAGCUAUUAAACUUCCACAGGUGGAUUGGAAAAGCUCAACCUGGCUGAGCUCUUGCCCAGGGAAGAGAUGUGCUGGUGGUUGGAGCUCUCCAUGGUGCUUUGAUAUGCUGAGCCUGCCUCUGCAGCACAGCGGCAGCAGCUGCGUGAGUGCUUCUGCACAGGUCGCAGAUAGCAAGGAGCACAGAGCAGUAACUUCAAAGUGUAUUUUAAAACCUGAGCCAAUAUUUGAACAUCAUGGAAGUCCUCAGUCACCUGAGUGGAAUUUGUUCCUAAUUCACCAUUGCAGCCAGGAGCAAGUGCCUGACGUGCAAUGAGUGAAGAGAACUGUUUCAUGAUGCACGUGUAUCAAAUCAUCAGAAGGAGAUAUGACUGCAGUCAUUUAAAUGCUAAUGAGCAAGGCAUGUAGCAGCACACAUUGAUGUAGGCUGUGUAAUUAGUCUGUUAAGUGUAGAAUGAGAUGGCAUUGUCCACAUAUUACAAAGUUCUGAAGCAGUGCUAGUUAUCCAUCGCAUUGAUUCUGUAUCUGUAUAACAAGAACAAAGUUGUUACAAAUUUUAAUAAAAAUUUGCUGAUGAAAUUGUGUUUUUAAGAGCACUUUUUGCAACUAUUCAACCUUUUUGGUUUUAGUAAGCUAUGAAUAAUUAUCUGGGUUGAGUGAGAGGAUAGGACUUUCAUUUGGUGACAUUGUUUUAAUCUUAAAACUAAAAUAGUUUUUUGCCUUUAAAGAAGUACAGCUUAUUCCAAUUUGUGAUGGUUUUGUUGUUUGUUUUUCAACCUGAUGAGUAAGGUUUAAGUAUCGAGUCACCUAAUUCUGUUGUCGCAAGUAAUGUUAGUUAGAAAUUUCUUAGCUAUGUUCAGUAGUUAUUUCUAAUAUACAAAAGAUAAGGGAUUACUCUUUCAUAUUAAUGUGGGGUUUUUUACAUUUUUCUUUUUCAAAAUAAUGCUUUUCUGGAGGAUUCCACUUAGCCCUAUUUCAUGUUGCUAGAAAACAGCCUAUUUAGAUUUUAAUUUAAAUACUAAUGUUUCUUCUUUACAAAAGUAAUCAAUAUGAACAUCAGUUUUCUCCAAUGAAAACAGUAAUUUUUGAGUCUGCAAAUCAAAUAUUUGUUUUGAUACAACUGAAUAUUGAACUUAAAUUCAAAAAAAUGAUGCAUGGUUUACUAUUAUUCUAUAUUUGUAUUUGUGUUUCUGGCAGAAUUGUAGAGGGAUUUGGCCUAGAUUCUGUAAAGUGCUGAAUAUUCCACAACUCUUGUAAUACCUAUCUUAAAUGACUGCUCUAACUGUCUCGCUGCUCAUCCUCCAUGUGAUACUUAGUAUGCAUUUUCAUAAGCAAAAAACAUCAGUUUCUUUGUUGGUGUUCCAUGUUUUUCUAUGAAUUGUUCAUUGAUUUAUUUGAGGUGAUUAAAUCUGUCAGCACUGCAUUUGUUAUGUUUGCUUUGCACUUCAGUCCACUGAAUAUUUGUGUUUGUCACCAUCCAGUGUUUUUUUUUCCAGAAUGGCUGGGUUUGCUUGCAUCUUAUUGGAUAUAUUAAGUUUGUUUUAAAGUGUCAGUUGUGUUUUAAUUCGUAAAUGUAAAUCAUUACCUAAUGUUAACUUGCCACUUGUAAACAAUAAAGUUAAUAUGCCUAUAAAA